AUGUCUACCCCUUCUCUCUCUACCCUCCCUGAGGAGCUUCAGAUUCACAUCUUGGGAUACAUAUACAAAUACUCCCUCAUCGACCUUCGUCUCGUCAGUCACACAUUCUCCCGCCUCAUCACACCAAUCAUCUUCCGCGCGAUUCGCGUCCGCGCUUAUAGAGAUGAGCCACAGCGUUUCCUCAACAUUGCCAUGACGCCACAUCUGAGAUGUCACGUGCGAGAUGUCACUUGCGAUACAUGGACAGGAUCUUUUCCCACAGAGAAACGCUUGGAGCUCGUGGACAAGUUCUUUGAAGCUAUUCCUUCCAUCUGCGUGUUCCCCAAGCUCGACACUCUCAACAUACGUCUGGAACGUGAUGGAUUUCACAUGUACCACAAUACGCAAUACCGACUUCUGGAGAUGCUGUUUCGCUGUAUGGAGGGGUCCUGGCAGGUACAUAAUUAUAUUGGCAGGGAUACCACGUCUUCUCCCAAGGUCUCUGGUCAACAGGCUAAAACUGAGGUUUCUCGUCCUCUCAAGACUCUGUCGAUCUCAAAUCUCGUUGAUAUCAGUAGUGUCAAGGCGAUGCUUUCUUUUCAAUCUGUCAUGAACUCGGGAGCUCUGAAGGACCUGCGUAUCAGCGUAGCUGACCUCAAUACAGAGAAGUGCUGCCAAGGUGUUCACCACGAUCUCCUUGAGACAGUGCUCUCUCCCAGAAUCGCAGGCAAUCUCCAGGUCCUUUCCCUGUUUUCUUGGGCCUCAUGGGGAUGGUUUCCCAACAUGGACUUCCGCCUCGUUGGUGCCAACGACCUGCCUAAUCUCAAAGUUCUCGCUCUGGGACAAUUUGAGUUCAGUCAGUGGUGGCAGGUUGAGUGGAUCGGAUCCCUUGGCAUCGAGAAGCUUUAUCUCGAUGAGUGCACAGUUCUGCACUCGGAUCGCAAUCGGGCUGCCAUUUCCGAAGAGGAUACUGAGCCGGCAAAGAAGAAUGCCUGGCGCGAGGGUUCAACGUACCAUACACAUACCCGCUGGCACCACAUCUUUGAGCACUGGGCCCAUGCCAUGCCCAACCUCCGCGUCUUCAAAAUCGGACAAGGCUGGGACAUGGAUGACAGCUGUUCUUGGAAGGCGAUAGACCCAACUUACGAGGGGGACUUUUACGAGCACGUCGAAGAAGAUCAUGAGGCUAUUUCCAACCAUUCCAAAAUACCUACCACCAGCACUUUGAGCACUGGUAUUCGAUGGUAUGGACCUGAGGCUGCCCAGGCUAAUGCCGCUGUCUUCCCGUACGUGGAGCAGAUCAAGGGUUUCAAGGGUUUCGGUCAUACUUAUACCGAUAGUCCUGGGCAUGGCAAGGACUUCAUGAAUGUUAGUUCCGAAGAGAAGGAGAGAGACAGGAAGGCGUUUGCUGAGUUUUUGACGGUUGUCGACACCCGACGAACAGGGUUCGUUGACAAGGAGUAG